AUGGCUGCCCAUCAGCCUCCAGCUCCAGCUACCUCGGAGCAUGAUGCAGCUACCACACACAUAAUCAGUCACCAUGCUGAGGAGUAUACUACCUCCGAUGAAGUCUCCGAGGAAGAUACUCCCACUCCGGCCGUCGAAGAUGAAACCAGGCAUAAAGAUAUCACCACCAUAGCUCGCUCCUUCUCCAAUCUUUCUCAAAAGCCGAGCUCCGUCAAUAGCCAAAAUGACCCGAUUAAUACUUUCCUCGAUCCCACCCAGGAUGCUUCGCUAGAUCCCAAUUCCGAUCAAUUCAGCUCGUUGAAAUGGGUCCGCAAUAUGCUCCAGAUGACCCGCGACUCGGACCGUUACCCUAAGCGCACCGCCGGUGUCUCUUUUCGCAAUCUCAAUGUCUUUGGCUACGGUUCCGGUGCCGAUUACCAGAUCACCUUUGGUAAUGCCUGGUUGAAGAUGUUCAACUGGGCCAAGGCUCGGGUCGGCUACGGAAAGAAAGUCCGCAUUGAUAUCUUGCGCGACUUUGAAGGUAUGGUCCACGCCGGUGAGAUGCUCGUCGUGCUGGGUCGCCCAGGCAGUGGGUGUACGACCUUGCUGAAAACAAUUGCCGGUGAAACCCACGGUCUGUACAUCGACGAUGGUGCCGAUGUGCAGUAUCAGGGUAUAUCCUGGGAUGAAAUGCACUCCCGAUUCCGCGGCGAGGUCAUCUACCAGGCAGAGACAGAAAUCCACUUCCCGCAGUUGAGCUUUGCCCUGCAUAAGCGAGAUGUGGUCAUGGCCAUGCUGGGGCUCUCGCAUACCAUGAACACCAAAGUGGGCAACGAGUACAUCCGUGGUGUGUCAGGUGGUGAGCGUAAGCGUGUCAGUAUUGCCGAGAUCACCCUUUGUGGUAGUCCCCUGCAAUGCUGGGAUAAUAGUACCCGUGGCUUGGACAGCUCCACGGCCUUGGAAUUCGUGAAAAAUAUCCGUCUUUCUACGCAAUACAGCGGUGCUACCGCUGUCGUCGCUAUAUAUCAGGCUAGUCAGUCGAUCUAUGACGUUUUUGACAAGGCCGUGGUGCUCUACGAGGGUCGCCAGAUUUACUUUGGCAAGUCCACCGAUGCCCGUCGUUUCUUUAUCGACAUGGGAUUUGAAUGCCCUGACAGACAAACCGAUGCCGACUUCCUUACCUCCCUUUCUAGUCCCUCGGAGCGUCGAGUCCGUCCGGGCUUUGAGCAUCUCGUGCCGCGCACCGCAGACGAGUUCGCCAAGCGCUGGAAAGAGAGUGAGGAACGGAAGCACCUUCUCCAAGAGAUCCAAACCCAACAUGACCAGUACCCACUCAAAGGAGAUCAGUUCGACGCAUUCUCUCGUUCUCGUGCGGCCGAAAAAUCCAAGGCUAACAGGGCCUCCUCUCCAUACACAAUCUCGUACUACAUGCAGGCUCGUUUGUGCUUGUGGCGAGGAUUUUUGCGGUUGCAAGGCGACAUGAGUAUGACCAUUGCCUCUGUAAUUGGAAACAGUGUCUUGGGCGUUAUAAUCUCUACCGUCUUUUUGAAUUUGGAGAACAAUACCGACAGCUUCUUUCAGCGUGGAGCGCUUCUGUUCUUCGCUAUUCUGAUGAACGCUUUUGCUUCUUCGCUGGAACUUCUGACUCUUUGGCAACAACGACCAAUUGUUGAAAAGCACUAUAAAUAUGCCCUUUAUCACCCAUCCGCCGAGGCUAUCGGGUCUUACAUCGUUGAGCUGCCGUCGAAAGUGAUGAUUGCUAUCGCAUUUAACAUUAUCAUCUACUUCGUCCCGCAUCUUCGACGCACUGCUGGUCACUUCUUUAUUUUCUUCCUGUUCUCGUUUUCGACAACUCUCGUAAUGUCUAACAUUUUCCGAUCCAUCGGUGCUAUAUCUCGCUCGAUGGCUCAAGCAAUGGUCCCUGCUUCGAUUUUCAUGAUGAUUUUGGUUAUAUACACUGGAUUCACUAUUCCAGUCAGAGACAUGCAUCCAUGGUUCCGGUGGCUGAAUUAUUUGAAUCCAAUUGCUUACGCCUUUGAAGGCUUGAUUGUCAACGAGUUUAGCGGACGUCAUUUCCCUUGCUCCACUUAUAUACCAUCCGGUGGUUCCUACGAUUCAGCACCGCAAGGGUCGAGGAUCUGCUCGCAGAAGGGAGCUUUUGCCGGUGACAACUACAUUGACGGAGACACUUACAUCAACACUACUUUCAACUAUUACAAGCAGCACUUGUGGAGAAACUUUGGCAUUCUGGUUGCAUUCUUCUUCGGAUUUUUGGCCAUCUACGUUGUUUCGAGCGAAUACAUUCGGGCCAAGCCUUCCAAGGGCGAGGUUUUGGUAUUCCCACGAGGCAAGAUUCCGGCUUUUGCCAAGAAGGCCCGCCAGGAGGACUCCGAGGCUGCACCUUCGACCGAAAAGCAUGAGAUCGUGGAUAAGGAGAGCGAUGGAGCGGCGGCUAUUAUCAAACAGACCGCGAUCUUCCAUUGGGAAGAGGUUUGCUACGAUAUCAAGAUCAAGGGUGAAAAUCGCCGCAUCCUGGACCGCGUGGACGGAUGGGUGAAGCCCGGAACCUUGACGGCUCUGAUGGGUGUUACUGGCGCAGGCAAAACAUCCUUACUGGAUGUCUUGGCAAAUCGUGUCACGAUGGGUGUCAUCACUGGUGAUAUGCUUGUCGACGGACGACCACGGGAUGGCUCAUUCCAGCGAAAGACCGGAUAUGUGCAGCAGCAAGAUUUGCAUCUCGAGACAAGCACCGUUCGCGAGGCUCUCGUUUUCAGUGCCCUUCUUCGACAGCCAAGCAAUAUUCCAUACGCGGAGAAGAUAGCUUAUGUGGAAGAAGUUAUCAAGAUGCUUGGAAUGGAGGAGUACGCUGAGGCUGUCGUGGGUGUUCUGGGCGAGGGUCUCAAUGUGGAACAACGCAAACGAUUAACCAUCGGUGUUGAAAUUGCGGCCAAACCUGACCUGCUUCUCUUCUUUGACGAACCCACCUCUGGUCUCGAUAGUCAAACUGCCUGGUCGAUCUGCAGUUUGAUGCGGAAGCUUGCCGAUCACGGUCAAGCGGUUCUGUGUACGAUUCAUCAGCCCUCGGCUAUGUUGAUGUCCCAAUUUGACCGGCUACUUUUCUUAGCGAAAGGUGGACGCACUGUGUACUUUGGUGAUCUCGGACCGCGCAUGCAAACCCUGAUCAAAUAUUUUGAGAACAAGGGCUCUAUCGAUUGUCCAAAGAACGCUAAUCCCGCCGAAUGGAUGCUUGAGGUGAUUGGUGCUGCUCCUGGCUCUCAUGCGGAUCGUGACUGGGCAGAAGUUUGGCUGGAAAGCCCAGAAAGAGCCCAAGUCAAGCAGGAAUUAGCCGACAUGAAAUCUGAACUACGACAGAAGCCAGUUCCUCCCCCAACAGCUGGAUAUGGGGAAUUUGCAACCCCUCUCUGGUACCAGUUCCUCAUUUGUAUCCGACGGAUGUUCCAGCAGUACUACCGCAGCCCCGGAUAUCUCUAUUCCAAGACCGCCAUGUGUGUUUUUCCACCCAUUUUCAUCGGUUUCACCUUCUGGCGAAUGCCAAACACUCAACAAGGUCUCCAAAAUCAGAUGUUUGCCAUCUUCAUGCUGCUAGUCAUCUUCCCCAAUCUCGUCCAACAGAUGAUGCCCAGUUUCUGCACCCAGCGCUCACUCUACGAGGUGCGCGAGCGACCGUCUAAGGCAUACUCCUGGAAAUCCUUCAUGUUGGCUAGUAUCUUCGUCGAGCUUCCCUGGAACAUCAUCAUGGCGCUACCUGUGUACUUCUCAUGGUACUACCCGAUCGGGCUGUAUCGCAACGCUCCGGCGGGCGAGGUGACAGAUCGAGGCGGUACCAUGUUCCUCCUGAUCUUGAUAUUUUUGAUGUUCACCUCAACAUUCAGUUCGAUGAUUAUUGCCGGUAUUGAACAACCGGAAACCGGUAGUAAUAUCGCACAGUUGAUGUUUUCUCUGUGUUUGAUUUUCAACGGUGUUUUGGCGAGUCCAGCCAAAUUAGGAAAGUUCUGGAUCUUCAUGUAUCGAGUGUCACCCUUUACGUAUCUUGUCUCGGCAGUCCUAUCUACCGGCCUAUCUGGAAGCGACGCGACCUGCUCAGACAUCGAAUUGCUGAAGGUCGAUCCACCGACGGGUCAAACCUGUAUUGAAUAUCUGGGCGAGUACGCGGAGUUCGCGCAAGCCAAGGUGUUUAACGGGAACGCGACAUCGGGUUGUGAAAUUUGCUCUAUCACAAACGCAGACCAGUUCUUGCUUCAGCUAAACAUCAAGUUUUCGGACCACUGGCGAAACAUUGGACUUCUCUUUGUCUACAUCGGAGUCAAUAUCUUGGGUGCCCUCUUGCUAUACUGGUUAGCUCGGGUCCCGAAGAAAUGGUCCCGCAAGGUGAAGGAAGAGUGA